UCCGCAGCAUCCAAUUUUCUGUGCCCUCCCCAGAAGCCUCGUCCCACAGAGCAAACAAAAACAUCAGAGUGCCCCACCUUCAUAAAAUCCCUCAUGAAUCACGAUUCCUUCCCAAUAAUUCAUCUUUUUGGUGUUUUUGUAAUUAGUACCAUUCAGCACUGGUACCAUAUCAGGAGUAAUUAAUCAUUCUAUCCUCAUCCAACCUGCACUGACUGCCACCCACUCUUACGGCAGCCUUAACUGCAGGAACUACCUUCUUCUCUUUUCCCCUCCUAUUCGGCAUCAUAUUGACACUCGUACUUGAGUUUUCUUCAAGAAAGAAGAAAAAGCAUACAUUUUUUUGCUUCUUUGGGAUAAAAUUGAUUGCAGGAGGAGUAAAUUUUCGGCAUAAAGAUGAUGGGCUCGGAGAAUCAAGAAGGAGGAGAAGCCCAUCUCCAAGCGUCCAGAGAAGAGAUGGAAAGCCUAGUCCUCGACGGCGACGACGGCCGUGACCACAUUGGUAACAGUAUAACCUCCCAAUCCUACGCUAAUUACAGGAGUGCCAUGACCACCCUCUCCUCCUCCUUCGCCGCCUCUCACCAUCCUCUCUCCUUCCCUACCCCCGCCGACUCUGAUCCUCUUCUUUCCCCUCCUUCUCCUCAGCCACCACUCCUCAAAUCCCCCAAUUCCCCUAAACCCAGGACUACCGCCACCGACGACCCCCAUCACCUCGAUCCUCCCUCCUACGCAGAUGUCGUUUCCAACCCCCUCGACGAUAACAUUGAGGCCAACGGCGGCUCCGAAAGUCCCAGCCAACACUCGGAAAACUCGACUUCAUCUUUCUCGAGAUCUCCCUUUUCCAGCUCUGAUUACUUGGAAAUUGUGGUUUCCAAUCCACAAAAGGAGGCGGAAUCGUCAAAGAAUUCGAUCGUCCCCGGCAAUAAUGCUUACGUUACCUAUUUAAUUACCACAAAAACGAAUAUUUCCGACUACGGGGGAUCCCAGUUUAGCGUUAGAAGAAGAUUUAGGGAUGUGGUCACUUUAUCCGAUCGGUUGAGUGAAGCUUAUAGAGGAUUUAUUAUUCCUCCGAGGCCGGAGAAGAGCGUAGUUGAGAGCCAAGUGAUGCAGAAGCAGGAAUUUGUGGAGCAGAGGAGAGUAGCAUUGCAGAAAUACUUGAGGAGACUCGCCGCGCAUCCUGUUAUCAAGAAGAGUGAUGAAUUGAGGGUGUUUCUGCAGGUGCAAGGGAGGCUUCCGUUGCCCACAAGUGUAGAUGUUGCGUCAAGGAUGCUGGAUGGCGCGGGGAAGCUGCCAAAGCAGUUGUUGGGCGAUUCGAGGAGUGUGAUGGGUCCCCAGGAUGUGGUGCAGCCUGCUAAAGGUGGGAGAGAUUUGUUGAGAUUGUUUAAGGAGUUGAAGCAGUCUGUGGCAAAUGAUUGGGGUGCUUCGAGGCCUCCUGCUGAGGAGGAGGAUAAGGAAUUUUUAGAUAAGAAACAAUGGUUGCAUGAUCUUGAGCAGCAUCUCACUAAUGCCUCGAAACAGGCUGAAGCACUUGUUAAAGCACAACAAGGUUUAGCUGACACAAUGGGUGAAUUAGGGCUAGCAUUUAUUAAGUUGACAAAGUUUGAGAAUGAGGAGGCUGUAUUGAAUACUCAAAGAGUUCGUGCUGCUGAUAUGAAAAGUCUAGCAACUACAGCUGUUAGAGCGAGUAGAUAUCAUCGAGGAUUAAAUGCACAGACUGUGAAGCACUUGGAUACUCUUCAUGAAUAUCUGGUGCUAAUGUUAGCUGUGCACAAUGCAUUCUCUGAUCGUUCAAGUGCUUUAUUGACGGUGCAAACCCUUCUUUCAGAAUUAUCUUCUUUGCACUCGAGAGCGGAAAAACUUGAAACUGCAUCAUCCAAAAUAUUUGGUGGUGACAAGUUAAGAAUCCGCAAAACAGAGUUGAAGGACACUAUUAGAGUCACUGAGGAUGCUAAAGGCUGUGCAAUCAGAGAAUACGAGCGCAUCAAGGAAAAUAACAGAUGCGAAAUUGAAAGGCUAGACAGUGAAAGGAGGACCGACUUUGUAAAUAUGUUGAAAGGAUUCGUGACCAAUCAGUGCUUCAACUUGAUUGGAGAUCAUACGCAACCAAAAACUAUGUCGUGGCUUACAUGAAGUUCAAGUUGUUACGUUGAAUUUGGUGAGUUUGAGCAUUGCGAAUUUACCACUGAGAGCUGAAGUAGCUGGUCGGGAUUGACACAACUCAACUGCUACAUUUGCUUGUUAAUGUUGUUGUCCCCCCCCCCCCGGGGCGCCCUUUCCACAAAAGAGAGAGAGAGAGAGACGAAGAAGUAGUCAUCGCAUUUUGUUCCCACAACUAGUCAUUUUGCAAAAUUUUGUGAAAGUGGUCCAACUCAUUUCUGUCACCUUCCCAGAAGCGAAAAGCGGCCUUUCUUUUGCCCCAUAGAUGAUGGUAUCUUGGCAGGAGCUGAAUUUUGACACAAUAAGUGCAGUGUUUCUUCACAAAUAUGAUUAGAUCUGGUUAAAGUUGGAAAUGUUUUACCUUUGGGGUAUGACCUAAUGAAACUUAAAUUUCGUUGCCA